AUGUCUUUCGACCGUUUGGACUCUCUGGAAGCGCAGCCUACUGAUAUGCGCCGGUCCGAAGACCCGCAUUAUCGUGACGACCCCGGCUUCGAUCAUUUGGCCGAGUCCUUAUCCGAUCAACUAUUUACAUUGACCUCGAACAUAUCUCGUCUGUCUAAUCAGAUUGCGCUUCUUGGAACGAAGAGAGAUACAGAGCGGGUGCGCGAGCGUGUUCACAAUCUCCUGGAGGAGACGCGAGCAGGUUUCAAGGACGUAGGCGACGGACUGAAGAAAAUCCAGCAAUGGGAGGACGUCAACCCAUCUCAAAAAUGGACCCAGCAGAAGCUGUCAUCCGAGUUCAAAGCCAGCCUCGAUGAGUUCCAGACCGUACAACGUCGAGCUAUGGAGAAGCAACGUGCUUCGGCCGUCGCAGCACGUUCUGCUAUUGAAGACGGGGAGCACACAACAGAUGAGGCGGGUGUACAACUUCAGCAGCAACAACUCGAGCAGUCUCGAAUGGCUAACCAGAGUGAAGUCGAUUUCCAAGAAUCUCUCAUCAUUGAACGGGAGAACGAAAUCCGCAAUAUCGAGCAAUCUGUUGGUGAACUCAAUGAGCUGUUCCGGGAUGUUGCUCACAUUGUGCAUGAGCAAGGUGGUCAACUCGAUAUCAUUAGCGAGAACGUCCAAAACGUUUCUCGAGACACAGCGGGUGCCAAUACCGAGCUGCGCAGUGCCAGUCGCUAUCAGAAGAAUGCGCGCAACAAGGCCUGCUGCUUGCUGAUCAUCCUUGCAGUUAUCUUGACAAUUAUCGUCCUCGCUGUCGUCCUUGGAUAA